CGACCGCGUUUGGUGAGUUAACACUAAUAGCUUGACAUUUGCUGACAUUAUCUAAGCUUGUCAUUUUGGUUUACUUUGCGGGUUAUUACAAGGAUUCUCAUCACAAAAUAACGAAAAGUCGUUGCUUUAAUCUCCGACUUUUUGACAUAAUGAAAAUAGCAGCUUUGGCUUUCAUUUUAUAUUGUGUACUAGUUGCUGGUCAGGAUUUUGGUUAUGGAGGCCAACAUGGACCAUCGCACUGGGCAAAAGAUUACAAGCGUUGCAGUGGCAAAUUCCAGAGUCCCAUUGACAUCGAUGUGCUAAGCGUGGAGGUUAAAGAAUUUCCCGAUAUUGAGUAUACCAAUAUUGAUGUUACUCCCAAUCGUGUGCACAUGGCUAACAAUGGUCACACAGUGCUCGUUACAAUGAACUUUGAGAAGGGCAGAGAGCCACGCAUCAAAGGAGGUCCAUUGGCACGCAAUUCAUCCUAUAAAUUCGAGCAGUUUCACUUCCAUUGGGGAGCCAAUGACACAGUUGGCAGUGAGGAUUUGGUCAAUGAUCGUGCAUUUCCUGCCGAGCUGCAUGUUGUUAUAAGGAGUUUGGACUACGAAGACUUUAAAAGCGCCUUGGGUCAGGAUCAUGGCCUUGCUGUGUUGGCUUUCUUUUUUAAGUUGAGCAGCGAUGAUAAUGGGGAUUAUGCGGAAUUUGUGGAGAAGCUGUCAACGAUUAGUCGCAAGGGCAUGUCAGCGGACUUGGAAGCUCCGUUGCCACUUAGCUCUUUCAUUUCAAUGAAUCUCAUUAACUUUUAUAGCUACAAUGGAUCCUUGACAACGCCUCCUUGUGCCGAAAAAGUCAUUUGGAUAGAUUACCAGGAACCCAUUUAUAUUUCAGAGCAACAGGUUACUUCAAAUCUAGUUCUUUCUCAACUGAAUACUUAUUUAUUUCCAUUGCAGCUAAAUAAAUUUCGAGACCUUACUGCUCAUGACGAUCAUCUGAAGAACAAUUAUCGUCCACCUCAGCCAAUUAACGAUCGUAUUAUCUAUGAGAAUGCUCCUCCAAUUCCGAGUUAUGCUAAAGUUGGAUAUAGCGCAAUUCCUUUUGUGGAUGUCGCAAACGCAGCUUAUGCAAAUUUAUGCCUUGGUGGCAAGGGGCAAGUUUUCCUCCUAGUCACAUUUAUAAUAAAUUCAUUGCAUCCUUGCUCACUGUAUUAAUUAAGCAAUGCAAUUUGUGUACAAAACAUGUGUCUCGUUCGUGGCUCUGUUGGAGACAUGUUGAUUUAUUGAUACAAAUCUGUACACUUGUAUUUUAUGUUAUUUAUGAUAUUUAAUUUGUUAUUGCCCAUAUUGAUUUAUGCUCAAGUCAUGAAAAUAU